AUUCAUCAACACCUGUCUGCAAUCUCUGGUGAUAGAGAAAUUUGGUGAAGAGACCUGGGAAAAACUAAAAGCUUGUGCGGACGUGCAAGAUGCCUUCAUGACCUACACGGUCUAUGAUGACGUCAUCACCAUUAAGCUCAUCCAAGAGGCCUGCAGUGUUCUUGGUAUCUCCAUGGAAGCCAUUCUGAAACUCUUUGGGGAAUACUUCUUUAAAUUCUGUAAGAAGUCUGGCUAUGACAGGAUGUUACGGACACUGGGAGGAAAUCUCACUGAGUUUAUUGAAAACCUAGAUGCCCUCCACAGCUACCUGGCGCUCUCUUAUCAGGAGAUGAAUGCACCAUCGUUCCGAGCGGAGAGAGCAGCCGAUGAGAAGAUGCUUCUCCAUUACUACUCUGACAGAAGUGGUCUAUGCCACAUCGUGCCAGGUAUCAUUGAGGCUGUGGCCAAAGACUUCUUUGACAUUGAUGUGACCUUGGAGAUCCUUGACGUGCAUCAGGAGGAGGAGAGGACAGCAAAGAAGGAGCACGUUGUGUUUUUGAUUGUACAGAAGUCACACAGACAGAUGAGAAGGGCAAAGCCAAAGGACAGCCAGAGAGACCAAGAGGCGCUGGAGGCAGCUUUCCUUCGGAUGAAAGAGAAGUAUUUGAGUGUCUCCGUUUGCCCUGUGAACAAGUCCCGCUGGGAAGUUGUGAGACGCAUUGUCAUGUUUGGAAAAGGGCAUCUCAGGAACACCUUUGAACUGAUUUAUCCGGAGCGGCUUUGGAUUGAAGAGAGAACAUUCUGCAAUGCUUUCCCCUUCCACCUUGUGUUUGAUGCGUCACUGCGGGUCAAACAAGCCGGAGUGAAUAUUCAGAAGUACGUCCCGGGACUCCGAACCCCGAAGAUUCGAUUAGACAAGUACUUCUCCAUCGUCCAUCCCCCCGUCGCCUUCGACAUUUUCAGCAUCUGCCAAUUCAUCAACAGCCCGUUUGUCCUGAAGGCGCGAGGGGAAAGGAUGCCGGAGGCACGGAGAAGCCGGCCGCCAAUCAAGCUCCGAGGCCAGAUGAUCUGGAUGGAGUCCACGCGGUGCAUGGUGUACCUGUGCUCCCCCAAGCUCCGCAGCCUGCGUGAGCUGGAGGAGCAUCAGAUGCACCUCUCCGACAUCGCCCCCCACGACACCACCAGGGACCUCAUCCUCCUGAACCAGCAGCGCCUGGCAGAGAUGGAGCUGUCCAACCAGCUGGAGAGAAAGAAGGAGGAGCUGCGGGUCCUCUCCAAGCACCUGGCCAUAGAGAAGCAGAAAACAGAAGCCUUGCUGUACGCCAUGCUGCCCCAACACGUGGCCAACCAGCUGAAGGAGGGCAGGAAGGUGGCUGCAGGAGAAUUUAAGACCUGCACGAUUCUCUUCAGCGAUGUGGUGACAUUUACCACCAUCUGUGCCGCCUGUGAACCUAUCCAGAUAGUGAAUAUGCUGAAUUCAAUGUACUCCAAGUUUGACAGGCUAACCAGCGUCCACGAGGUCUACAAAGUGGAAACAAUAGGAGACGCUUAUAUGGUGGUCGGGGGUGUUCCGGUGCCUGUUGGGAGCCACGCCCAGAGAGUAGCCAACUUCGCCUUGGGGAUGCAGAUUUCUGCGAAAGAAGUCAUGAAUCCUGUUACUGGUGAACCCAUCCAGAUCAGAGUGGGGGUCCACACGGGGCCAGUCUUGGCAGGUGUCGUGGGGGACAAGAUGCCGCGGUACUGCUUGUUUGGUGACACUGUGAACACAGCUUCCAGGAUGGAAAGUCACGGGCUGCCCAACAAAGUGCACCUCAGCCCCACGGCCUACAGAGCCCUGGAAAACCAAGGCUUCGAAAUAACGGAGAGGGGCGAAAUCGAAGUGAAAGGCAAAGGGAAAAUGACCACGUACUUUCUGAUCCGGAACGUGAACGCCUCGGAGGAUGAGCUCAUGGGGAGACCUCGGACUCCGCUCUAUCCCGAGGCAAGUGCUCCAGGAAGUCAAGACAGAACUCUGGCUGUCAUGAGGUACGCAGACAGCUGGCAGCGGCUCCCCGAGAGUGACGCAGCCCGAGCUCCUGACCAGUCAGCCCCCAGAGAGAGUCCGGCAGCAUCGGGACAGGACUCCGUGGAGGCGGCUCAUGGACAGCGGUCUUCAGAUGAGACAAAGACAGAGCGCCUUGCCCGGGAGCCCCUGCCGUCCGGUUUCUGUGCUCUGUUGUAAUGGGGAAACAGACCCCUCGGGUCAGUUUUUCUCCUGUUCAGCUUACUGGUGGCCAAGAAAAGCAACUUCAUUUCUCAGCUCGACUGAGGCUGCAUCUCUUCCUCGUGGUCCCCGUGAGAAUAAAAUUCUAGAAGUGAAAUCCAACCCUAA